AUGGCCGCAAGAGGACCAGCAGGUCGCCCUGGGCCAGGCGGUCGCUUCGCUCAAUUCAAGCUCGUCCUUCUCGGUGAAUCUGCUGUCGGCAAGAGCUCAUUAGUUUUGCGGUUCGUGAAAGAUCAGUUCGACGACUAUCGAGAGUCAACAAUCGGUGCUGCCUUUCUCACACAGACCAUCGCACUCGAUGACACCACCACGGUCAAAUUCGAAAUCUGGGACACUGCCGGUCAAGAGAGAUACAAGUCCUUGGCCCCAAUGUACUACCGGAAUGCGAACUGCGCAGUUGUUGUAUACGAUAUCACCCAAGCCUCGUCUCUGGACAAGGCGAAAUCGUGGGUGAAGGAGCUACAACGCCAGGCCAGCGAGAACAUCGUCAUCGCGCUCGCCGGCAACAAGUCAGAUAUGGUUACCGAUAACCCCGACAAGCGCGCUAUCCAGACUGCCGAUGCUGAGCAGUAUGCUAAGGAGGCCGGUCUGCUCUUCUUUGAGACUUCUGCGAAAACCUCCACCAACGUCAAAGAACUCUUCACCGCAAUUGCGAAAAAAUUACCCCUCGAUCAAGCCGGUCCACGCAACUUGAGAGCCAACACUCGCCCAGGCGUGGAUUUGCGGCCCGAAUCAACUCAGCAAGGCGCUGGCGGCUGUCAGUGCUAG